CCGUGCUGAACGCGAUUUGCACCUUCGGUGGCAUUGCUGGUGACGCAGUCGACCCUUCCGCCGCAGGCGGAUCAGCUGCCGGGGGGGACAGCAACGGCGAGGCGGUCGCGGGAGAAGUUGCAGGGGCCAUUGCGGUGCAGGGGGCUGGACACGGGCUAGUCGUGGGCGACGCCGCGACGAUGAGCGACGCGACGCCCAUUUUUGAGUGGGAUUUGAAGCGUCUUACGUCCACAGACACGCAUCACUACUUCAAAAAGUGCCAAAAGCAAAUAGGAUUCCUCGCUCAUCGCUGCAAAACGGUCGACCUGCCAGAAGUGCGGUAUCCCGACUUAUCCGCGGAGGAGGCGACAAAGAAGGCGGCAGCCGAUCGUCAAUCUGCGGGUCAGAGUGCGAAUGCCGCAGCAGAGCCUUCACCAUUAUGGCAGAGAUUGAAGUUCGUGAAUUUGAUUAGGCUUCUGGCCCUUUCCGUUCUCAUGACUGUAUGUGCCCUAUCCAUGUUCUUCCCUAUGACCUUUCCCUAGACGUAAUUCGAAUUCAUCUCAACAUGUGUCAUCAUUUUUCCUUUGCAUGAAUACUUACUUUCUGUCCAGCCUUCAUCUUUGGCCGAUUCGAACAAGUUGGAGCGGUUGCCGUCUGCGUCGCUUGUGAGUGAGGUGCCUCUGAUGCAUUGGUGGUAUCUGGCGAGCAAGUGUCAGGAGAGCCCAGUUUUCUGCGUGGAUCUGUUCUUGUCCGGUGCAAUAGGCGAGGGCACUGAUACGACUGGCUUAGUGGACGCUGCUUUGAACUCAGGUGCUACUGGUGGUGACAACAACAUGAUGACGAACGGGCGAGACGAUUUUGGCUGGGGCGACGACGGGCGAAAGCGGCAUGACCGCUCGGGUUUGCAGGACCGCUUCUUCGUAGAAAACCGGGAUCUGCAGUUGGGGGACGAGAAGUUGAAGGAGCGGCUGCUGAACACGCACAACAAGCCGCUGGAGAUCUACAACCGGUUUCAGCGCGUCCUGCACAGCACGCUGAUCAAGUGCGCUGGUGGUCUAGGCGUCAAUCUGGAAGCGGCCGCGUUGCAGACCGAGGACCUCCUGUUUCAGGAGGAGUGCUACGAAAUCCAGGAGCGGUACUUGCUAGUGGCGGAAGCGGUCCUGCGUGUGCUGCAGCAGGUGCUCAUCGCGUUCGCGGAUCACGUGCGGCUCCCCAAGUACGUGAGCGAGGAUCUGCUAAGGAUCUUGCUCUUGCUGGCAGCACGCUUGUCCGG